UUUAAAAAAAAAACACACACACUUCUAUACAUAAUGUUCAGACAUUUAUUACCACGUAAUGUAAUAACUAGAUCUUUACAUAAAUAUACAAAGGUCCCCAGCUUUACAACCAUUGACAAGGCCGAAGUCAAGAAAUUCAGUGAUAAAGCAGCCGAAUGGUGGAAUCCGUCAGGAGAGUUUGCCAUGCUACAAUUAUUAAAUCCUCCUCGAGUGACAUAUGUCCGAGAUCAACUCGUAGGAUCCAAUAGUGAGGCAGCCAAGAGUGGGAACCCGUUUGCAGGGAAGCGUAUGUUAGAUAUUGGUUGUGGUGGAGGACUGCUUUCUGAGUCACUUGUUCGACUUGGAGGCGAUGUUGUUGGUGCAGACGCAUCCUAUGAUAAUAUACAAAUGGCUAAAGUACAUGCCCAGCAAGACCCGUCUUUAUGGCAGGGGCCAGGAAAACUAGAAUAUCGUCAUACAACAGCAGAGGAGCUUUUGGAAAAGAAUGAGAGCUUUGACGUUGUAUUGGCCAUGGAAAUUAUAGAACAUGUCAAUCAGCCUCUUGCCUUCUUAAGGACGUGUGCUAACCUAACGCGCCCUGGUGGGGAUUUGUUCUUAUCAACCAUGUCGCGGACACCCGCAGCUUAUUUUUUGACCGUCUUUUUAGCAGAAAAGGUACUAGGCAUGGUUCAUGAUGGAACACACGAUUGGAGUAAAUAUAUCAAAAGUCGUGAAUUAUGCAAUGCAAUUGAAUCAUUUGGAGAUGAAUGGUCUGUUAAGGAUGUGCGUGGCAUAUCAUGGGAUCCAUUCAAUAGACGAUGGAAACUAGCAGAGCGUAACGGUUCGAUUGGCUUUGGUGGAUUGGAGUCAUUGGAAGUAAAUUAUAUCAUGAGAGCAUCAAGAAAGAUUAAGCAAUAAAUAUAUUAUUCAUAAAGCACAUAAAAUAUAUAUAUAAAAAGGGCACGAAAAUAAGCUAAGAUGCAGGAACGCCAGACUUUUGUUGCUCUGCUGCCAAUUUCAAAGCUGCAGCUAGACUAUGUUUCCCAUCUGUCUUAUCAGAUGAUAAACUUGCAGUUCUUAAUCUAUUCAUUGCCCUAAUAGCUCCCACUGCACUCUUGAGUGUCCUACGAGGAUUGAAGUUUUCACGAACAGUUUGAAGAAUGUCGAUAUCAUUAGCAUUAUCGCCUGUCAUCCACUUGUGCUUCAAAGCCUGUGCAGCGGUCAUUCUUGCUUUAUCGUCCAAUGUCAAUAAAUUUCUGAUAAAGUCUUUGGCUAUACUCAUGUAUUACUUUCCUUUUUCGUGUUUUAACAAAAUGAUAUUAC